UGGCACGGGCGGCCUCAGGCGGGCGCUGGGCACGGGCCGCGCCUGCCCCCUGGCGGCGCCUGCGCGUCCCGCCGGGCCCGUGCCCCGCACAGCUGCGCGAGCGGGACGCGCCGCGCGCUCUUCCUGCUGCCCGCGCUGCUCUUCCCGCACAUUGACCCGCGUCCUCCGCCCUCAGGGAGACUUCCCCGCCCGCCCUGACCAGCCUGCUCGGUGCUGGUGACACGCGCUGACAGCUGCCAUGGACGUGCUCGCAGCUGAGCCGUCACCCUGACACAGCUGCGGGCAGAGCAGCAGCCCGCACCAGACCAUGUCCCUGCGCGCUUGGACGCACAUCUGCAGCCGGUCAGAGGGCCAGAUGCAGUACAUACCUCUGGAUCUGCUGAUUCACAUCCUCUAAUGGAAAGUAAACUUAAAGCAUUCAGUAUUGGCAAAAUGAGCGCUGCCAAACGGACACUGAGUAAGAAGGAGCAAGAAGAAUUGAAAAAGAAGGAGGAUGAGAAGGCUGCUGCAGAAAUUUAUGAAGAAUUCCUUGCUGCCUUUGAAGGAGGUGAUGGUAAUAAAGUGAAAACAUUUGUAAGAGGAGGAAUCGUUAAUGCGUCCAAAGAGGAGCAUGAAACAGAUGAAAAACGUGGUAAAAUCUAUAAACCGUCGUCACGAUUCUCAGAUCAAAAAAAUCAACCAAGUCAGCCAUCUAAUGAGAAACCUCCGUCCCUCCUCAUGAUAGAAACCAAAAAGCCUCCUUUGAAGAAAGGAGAGAAGGAAAAGAAAAAGAGUAAUUUGGAACUUUUUAAAGAAGAAUUAAAGCAAAUCCAAGAGGAGCGUGAUGAAAGGCACAAAACAAAAGGUAGAUUGAGUCGUUUUGAACCACCCCAGUCUGAUUCAGAUGGGCAGCGGCGGUCAAUGGAUGCUCCUUCAAGAAGAAACAGAUCAUCUGGUGUACUGGAUGAUUAUGCACCAGGGUCACAUGAUGUUGGAGAUCCAAGCACAACAAAUUUGUAUCUGGGAAACAUCAAUCCUCAGAUGAAUGAAGAGAUGUUAUGUCAAGAAUUUGGCCGCUUUGGACCAUUAGCGAGUGUUAAAAUUAUGUGGCCAAGAACUGAUGAAGAAAGAGCAAGAGAAAGAAAUUGUGGCUUUGUUGCCUUUAUGAACAGGAGAGAUGCUGAAAGAGCAUUGAAGAAUUUAAAUGGCAAGAUGAUUAUGUCGUUUGAAAUGAAGCUGGGCUGGGGCAAAGCUGUACCUAUACCACCACAUCCAAUCUACAUUCCACCCUCCAUGAUGGAGCACACCCUGCCGCCGCCCCCGUCAGGACUGCCUUUCAAUGCCCAGCCUAGGGAGAGGUUGAAGAAUCCUAAUGCUCCAAUGUUACCACCACCCAAAAACAAGGAAGAUUUUGAGAAGACUCUGUCGCAAGCCAUAGUCAAAGUGGUUAUCCCAACAGAAAGGAAUUUGCUCGCUUUGAUACAUCGAAUGAUAGAGUUUGUGGUUCGGGAAGGGCCCAUGUUCGAAGCCAUGAUCAUGAACCGAGAAAUCAACAACCCAAUGUUCAGGUUUUUAUUUGAAAAUCAGACUCCAGCCCAUGUGUAUUAUAGAUGGAAGCUUUAUUCAAUUCUUCAGGGGGAUGCUCCAACCAAGUGGAGGACAGAAGAUUUCCGUAUGUUCAAAAAUGGAUCCUUCUGGAGGCCACCACCAUUGAAUCCAUACCUGCAUGGGAUGUCAGAAGAGCAAGAAACGGAAGCGUUUGUGGAGGAACCGAACAAGAAGGGUGCACUUAAGGAAGAACAGAGGGACAAACUAGAGGAAAUUCUGCGUGGCUUAACUCCUCGGAAGAACGACAUUGGUGAUGCAAUGGUUUUCUGUCUCAAUAAUGCGGAAGCUGCUGAAGAAAUUGUGGACUGCAUUACAGAGUCAUUGUCCAUCCUCAAGACUCCUCUUCCUAAGAAGAUCGCAAGAUUGUAUCUAGUGUCGGAUGUGUUAUACAACUCUUCAGCUAAAGUUGCCAAUGCUUCCUACUAUAGAAAAUUUUUUGAAACAAAAUUAUGUCAGAUAUUCUCUGAUCUCAAUGCUACUUACCGUACAAUACAAGGCCAUUUACAGUCUGAAAAUUUCAAGCAACGGGUGAUGACUUGCUUCCGAGCAUGGGAAGACUGGGCAAUCUAUCCAGAACCAUUUCUGAUCAAACUACAGAAUAUUUUCUUGGGACUUGUAAAUAUCAUGGAAGAUAAAGAAACAGAGGAAGUACCAGAUGAUCUUGAUGGUGCUCCCAUUGAGGAAGAGCUCGAUGGUGCUCCACUAGAAGAUGUGGAUGGAAUUCCUAUUGAUGCUGCUCCUAUUGAUGAUCUGGAUGGAGUCCCAAUUAAAUCGCUGGAUGAUGAUCUUGACGGAGUUCCUUUGGAUACAACUGAAGACUCAAAGAAGAAUGAGCCUAUAUUUAAAGUUGCCCCUUCAAAGUGGGAAGCAGUGGAUGAAUCGGAACUGGAAGCUCAAGCUGUUACUACUUCUAAGUGGGAGCUUUUUGACCAACAUGAAGAAUCUGAGGAGGAGGAAAUUCAAAAUCAAGAAGAAGAAAGUGAAGAUGAAGAAGACACACAGAGUUCUAAGUCAGAAGAACAACACAUGUAUUCCAAUCCUAUUAAAGAGGAAAUGCCUGACUCCAAAUCAUCAGUCAAAUACUCAGAAAUGAGUGAAGAAAAGCGUGCCAAACUCCGAGAGAUAGAGCUUAAGGUGAUGAAGUUUCAGGAUGAGUUAGAGUCUGGGAAAAGACCCAAGAAGCCAGGCCAGAGUUUUCAGGAACAGGUUGAACACUAUAGAGACAAGCUGCUCCAGAGGGAAAAAGAAAAAGAGAUGGAAAGAGAACGGGACAGAGACAAAAAGGACAAGGAAAAGUCUGAGACCAGGUCCAAAGAUAAGAAGGAAAAAGAGGAAUGUACACCAACACGAAAAGAGAGGAAGAGGCGGCACAGCGGCUCCCCCAGCCCGUCCCGCAGCAGCGGCAGCCGCCGCGCCAAGUCGCCCUCGCCCAAGUCGGAACGCUCGGAACGCUCCGAGCGCUCCCACAAGGAGAGCUCCCGCUCCCGCUCCUCACACAAAGAUUCUCCCAGGGAUGUCAGUAAAAAAGGCAAAAGGUCGCCAUCUGGCUCCAGGACACCCAAAAGAUCAAGAAGAUCACGAUCCAGAUCCCCUAAAAAGUCAGGGAAAAAAUCCAGGUCUCAGUCCCGUUCUCCUCACAGAUCUCACAAGAAGUCAAAGAAAAGCAAACACUGACAUUGUUAAUAUUUUUUAUGAUGCUGUCACUUACUGGAAAUGCGGUUUUGUUUUUGUGCCUGAACAGUCUGUUUAAAAACAAAAAAGCAUUCCUGAUUUUUUUUUUGUGAAUGCACGUGUAUACUCAUGAGUAUCUGCAUCUGUAGACCUGUCAUUGUUUUAUAUUGUACAAAAAUAUCUUCAUUGUGACUAUUUCCCAAAAGAAACAUUUUUGUGUUUAGAAGUUUCAUCAGAAAUGUGUGUAACUGAUCUGCUGGCAGUAGUGAUAUUUUGUUUUUAGAAUGUUGUGACAUAGCAGAAAUAACCCAAAUGUUCCCCCUUUUUGUAGCUUUGACAAUUUGAAUUAGAUUUCAAAUAAAAUCUGAACAGAAAAUGAA